AUGGCUAGUGGAUUUUGGGUCGUCGAAAUGACCGAACGAGCAAAACUGAUCUCAGCGUUUGUCACACCGUUUGGCUUGUUCGAGUGGCUGCGAAUGCCUUUUGGGCUUAUGAACGCGCCCCAGAUCUACCAACGUCUGGUGGACAAUGCGUUGUAUGGAUAUCUCAAGAUCGGCCAAAUAUCAGCUUCUGAUGGCCCGAUCGACGUGUUCAAAGAUGGAGAACCUGAGACAGAUCGACGACCGUCUAUACUGGGACGCCGAUCUUACAUUGACGAUAUUCUCAUACCAGCCACGUCAUGGGGAUCUUUGUACACAAAAGUAGAACGGUUGCUGGAGGCAUGUGAUAAGUGGAAUCUGUCUAUCAGCCUCACGAAGAGCUUUUGGGGGUGCCGUAAGGUCGAUUAUUUGGGACAUCGAGUGUCGAUGGAUGGUCUGGAGGCUCAGCCCAAGAACCUAGAGUCGUUGGUUAACAUCCCGUUUCCUAGCACGCUACGAGCUAUGCAAUCCUUUCUCGGGAGCUUGAACUACUACCGUCGCUUCAUUGAGGAUUUCGCGGUGUAUGCCGCGGUGUUGUAUGAGUUAAGAGAAUCGGAUUUCUUCGAGAUCGGCCGAUCUCAGCUUGCAGCAGGAGACGAAUGCUCCAACGAGGGUCGAUGGACGGAAGCCAAGGUUGCUUUCACUAUGCUAAAAGCUAAGAUAGCUACAGCUCCCAUGCUCAAGCAUUUCGACCCAGAUCGGUCCCCCGUAAUCGUGGUCUACGCUAGCAAGUGGGCUGUCUCAGCGGCCCUGAUACAGGAGUACGAUGGCGUGUACCAUCCGGUGACGUUUACUAGCCGCACUUUAAAGCCUAAUGAGCUUAACUACGGAAUGGUAGAAAAGAAGUGCUGGCGCUACUUCUCUCGAGGGCUCAACGGGAGAUUAGGACGGUGGGCUGCUUUGUUGUCAAAUUGGACUAUGGAGGUGAAGAAAUUUGAAAGAGGAGAGGAAGAAAUCCUGGGCAUGUUAGCAGCGAGUAUCACUCCGAGAGGAGAGGUGGAAGAGAUGCUGAUUGCGAUCUCCCCACGAAAAGACUGUCGACUCAAAAUAUCGAUGCCUCCUCCAACGGUGGAAACAGAUGAGGAGUUGCUGGUGGCCAGUUUCGAUGGAUCGGCUAGGAUAAAAAAGAAAGGAGGGUCGUUCAGUGCCGUGAUAUGGAAGUUACCCGAAUGGACGAUCGUGGCGGCCGAAUCGAGAUAUGUUCACGAUCUGACUGUGAACGAAGCUGAGUAUAAUGGCUUGCUACUGUGCUUUGAGUUACUCGCCGGUCUGGAUAGGGGCGAUUAA